GCCAACCGCUCCGCUACAUCCGAAAUUUUUUGGAAUUCGGCCGCAUGAGAUUCCGACAAGCUGUUGGAGCCGAUGGGGCAGUGAAGUAAGGGGUAUUUUAUACUCCGCAUUUACCUUGCCGGUAAAUGUCCCGCUUAACUGCGGAUGAGUACAUCGAGUGUACUACCUUCGAAACUCACAUAUGGGACUAGGCAUACCUCCGCAGACACUUUUACGUAGACUCAUCCUAUAUCCUAUUAUUAAUACCUUCUUCCACGAUGGGGGGCAAAGAUGAAGAGAUAGAGGGAUUAUUAGGCGAAAGGCUACUAGCAAACGAGCCAAAAUGGCGACGCUUAUCCCCAACCGCUACGUUAAUCAUAUCAAUUCUGAAUAUCAUCAUAUUCUUGAUAUCACUCAUUCUUUUCUCGGCAUCAUUAGGCCAUAAGUCCCAGCUCAACUUCGAACUACGACAGGCGUCUACUUAUAGCCCCGUCUUCGACAAAUUGGACUUGGAAAUGAAGCCGAGGACGAUUCAAGGGACACUAUUUCCAGCCAAAGAUAGCGCUUCGAUAGCGCGGGAGCUUCCCAAUGCUGAGGCGGAUGAGAUGUGGGAAGAAUGGGAAUUGAGUCGUUUCUAUCCCCUGACACGGGACGAGAUUGUGCGGAUGGGAAAGGACCCGUCGACCGUUCCGAAGCUAGAAGACUCCGAGUGGGGGUUAGGCGAUGACGCCUAUGUCGGCGCCUUCGAUGUAUACCACCAGAUUCACUGUCUCAAUGCUCUCCGACAGAACGCCUACCGCGGAUACUACAAGUUAACAACACGCAACCACUCGGUUAUGGGUUUACCAGAGAUUCACAUCAAUCACUGCGUCGAUAUCCUCCUACAAGCAUUACAGUGUAGUGGAAAUGUGAACCUUAUGACAUACCAUUGGGUCGCUGGACAAGAAUACCCGCAACCCGAUAUGUCGAUUAAUCGGCAAUGUAUUAAUUUUGAGAAACUUACUGCAUUUCGGAAAGAGAACGGGCUCGACCUGGAUAAGUAUGUUCAAAUAAUGAAGAAGUCGUUGCAUCCGGGGGUAAAGGAGAGACGUCAAAGUGAUGCAUACUACUAUUGGUACAAUGAAACGAACCCUAAUCAUAUCGACGGGGCGAACCCUGGGGAAGAUUUCAACAUGUAAAUAAAUAUACGAUACUCAUGUACUUCUUUGUUCAAGUAGAGGUACCUAACCUAUCUAAGCGGCG